UCAGAGUUGCUGGACAGAAAUGGACUACAUAAUUUUCACACGGGAUAUAUGAUUCCCGUACCACAGAGCCAGGCGAAUGCAAAACAGCGACAGCGACCGUACGCAUUUACCACCAGUUACUUAAUAAUAUCGUAGGAUAUUCAUAGAUCCCAUCUAUCUCUCGUGUCCUUGUUAUCCCGUAGUUACAAAGCCCCUCUCCUGAAACGGUCAUAAGCCAAAGAAAACGGAAAUCACGUGAUUUUUGGCGGUAUUUAAACUACCCUAGCAAUAGUUCAUCAAUCUCCAAUUUGUUAGCACCAACCGAAAGGGGGAUUCGCCAGCACAAUGAAUAAACCGAUUUUAUUCAUCGUUGGGACCCUGUUGGCAGUUUUUGUCCUGGUCCAUUGCCAGCAUCAUAAGGGCGGCGGUUCAAGAGUGAUGGUGAUCAGGCCACAGACUCGUCCAUUGUACAAUAUGUACAGACCAACAGCCAAUACUGCUCAGCAACAGUCCUUCUCACAGCAGGACGGCUAUCUGUACGCCCUCGCCAUUAAUCAACAGUAUACACAAGCCAAUGAAGCACAAAACCUUUUAAGGACUGUUCAGGCUAUCAGACAAGCUACCUACGACACUAGACUGGGAGGCUUGCUUAACCUUGCCUUCACCGUGGCAUUGAGUUUACUGGCUACAAACUCCACCGGAGCUGUUGCUGGUUAAGACAUUCAUUUGAUCUUCAAAUACAAUUUUAUUUUAAGGGAUGGGCGACCAAAGUACCUGCGUGAUGUUAACAAUAUGUUUCUUCCAAUAAA